GGAUUCUUAAAUGACUCCAAAUUCAUACCACCAUAUAGGGAAUAGUAAAAUUCCAAGGCCCUUCUGGCUUUUAUAGCAACAACAUCAGAAUUAUGGGAAAAGAUGUCAAAUUUUCCUGAUGCAGCAAUACUAUAAUUGCAUGCUCAUAAAUUGUUUGGGAAAAAAGGGUUUUUUCUUUGUGUGGGAACGGUAGCAGCUGAUGGGGAUGGAAUGGGAUUUUCCGGGAAAAUUUUCAGAACAAGAGAGCCAAACAGAAGUUUUCUUCCUCCUGGGAUUCAGACCACAGAGAAAUUGAGUUCCUCUGGCCUGUCCAUUCUCUGGUAUGUCACUCCUCUCUUCUCAGACUCUCCUGUGUGUUUUCAGACCCGUUUCCUGUCCGAAACCUGAAGAAUUUCAGUCCUCUGUUUAUCUAGUGAAAUUUCUUACAGCAGUUUCUUUUGCUCUGUUUCGUUUAUGCUGAAAUGAUGUUGUUCGGGUACAUUCGAUAAAAUCGGAACAAUACAGUGUUAUCUUUUUUUCGCGGAUUCGGGAUCAACAAUCGUCAUAUUAACUACUCAAAUCUACUUGAUUAGAACCUAACCAGUAACCAGUUUGUUGUUGAAUGAUUAUAAGUCUGAAAAUAUAAUUUUUGAUAAGUUUGGUUGUUGGGUUUCUGUUUGAUUGUUAGUAGCUGAACUGCAAAGAUCUUUUAGGUAGUGGGUGGAUUCAUCAGAGUGCUUGCAAGCAAUCCAACUUCAGACAAAGGAAGUCAUGGAACUGUUCCACUCUGCGAAGCAGAGGUUGGGAUGGGACAACAAGAGAUUCGCCACGGUUCUGAUUCUGUCCUUGAUAAUUCUCCCUGCAUCAAUCCUACUCGUGACAAUAUCUCGGAGCUCAACCUUCACCGGCGCCGGAGGGUUCAGCAUUACCCAAAUCCUAAAGGGUAAAUCCCGGCAGCAAGCUCCGGCAACAUUUGGAGAACUGAGAGAACAUCUGGCUUCCCCACCUUCAGUUGCUCCAACCCCAUCUCCAGGAUUCAGGACACAACAAGAUUCGUCAAAUCGAAACGACGAAGCGUUGCUGGAUGGACUAUUAACGUCUCCUGGAGCUGACGAACCGUCUUGCUUAAGCAGGCACCAAUCCUACCGCAAGCAUUCACCUCACAAGCCAUCUCCAUAUCUCAUUUCCAAGCUGAGAAAGUACGAAGAUCUUCACAGGCGGUGUGGACCUGGAACUAAAUCGUACAAGAGGGAAAUUAGGAAGCUUACGAAGUUGGACAGAGUUGACCGUGAUCACUCUUCUGAAGAAUACUGCAAGUAUGUCAUCUGGUUACCUGCAAAUGGGUUAGGAAACAGAAUGAUAAGCAUUGCUUCCACAUUUCUGUUCGCUCUUCUCACGGAUAGAGUCCUGCUGCUCCAUCAACGACCCGAUAUGGAAGAUCUGUUCUGCGAGCCAUUCCCAAACUCGUCGUGGGUCCUGCCCGUGGACAAGUUCCCUCUGCAGAAGGAGUUUUGGGAUGAGAAGGACAGGCACUCACACAGCAUUGGAAGCUUGAUGGAGAAGGGUAAUUCUUCUGCAGCAAGAAACGAGUCAACGAGGGCUCAAGCUUCUUCGUAUCUGUUUGUGAAUGUGAAUCAUGGUCGCUACGAUGGAGAUAACGUGUUCUACUGCGACCGAGGUCAAGCUUCUAUCGAGAAGAUUCCAUGGCUGAUUAUGCUAUCGGAUCAAUACUACGCGCCAGCUUUCUUCGUGAUGAAACGCUUCGAGAAAGAGGUGACAAAAAUGUUUCCUGAAAAGGACACCGUGUUUCAUCACUUGGGUCGAUACCUGUUCCAUCCUUCAAAUCAGGCGUGGGGGCUAAUCAAGAGGUUCUACCGGGCGUACCUGGAGAAGGCAGAUCAGAGAAUUGGUUUGCAGAUUAGAGUGUUCAAUCCCAAAACUGUACCAUUUCAGACUGUAAUGGAUCAGAUACUGGAAUGCAGUUCAAAGGAGAACAACAUCUUGCCUAAACUUGAUGAUGCCAAACCUGUAGCUACUUCUGAAUCGGGGAAUCGGACAUCUUCGAAGGCUAUUCUUGCAGUUUCUUUGUACUCCGAGUACUAUGAGCACAUCAAGAACAUGUACUGGACCAAGCCUACUGUGGAAGGUGACGUGAUUGGAGUUUAUCAGCCGAGCCACGAGGAGUAUCAGAAAUUUGGUGACAAUAUGCACAACAUGAAGGCGUGGGCUGAGAUUAGUCUACUAAGUACUUGUGAUGUUCUGGUGACUAGUGCUUGGUCGACGUUUGGAUAUGUAGCUCAGGGGCUUGGAGGUUUGAAGCCAUGGAUUCUGCACAAAGUGAAUGACCAGAAUGUACCGAACCCCGCCUGUGUAGAGGAUCUGUCGAUGGAGCCUUGUUUCCAUUUCCCUCCAACUUGUGACUGUGACACAGAUGAGAAGGUUGAUGCUGGUGCUCUUGUUCCUUACUUGAGACACUGUAAGGACUUGAACUGGGGAGUCAAGCUAGUUGAUUAGUGAUGAGCAUGAAACAAAAACAGUAACCAAAUUCUACUACCGGCUAUAUGAUAAUUAACCCCUUUUUCUAUUCUUUGAUUGUAAAAAAAGCACAGUAAUAGAUUAUCGACAUUUGACUGAAUCGGUUGUCUUCAAUCAUGAACCAAGUUAUGGUGUUUGUGUUGGUGAGUUUUUGUUUUUCAAUGUAUGAUUAACUGCAAAGAUGCUGUUCACUAUUCAAUUGAAUUGACUUUUAGAUUGAAUCGAACAUGAUAGAAUAUAAUUGUAUCUGGUUU